CGAGAGUAGAAACAAUUGUCCCUAUCACCUGGCAACGGCGCAUCUAAGCCGGCAAGCAUACCUUCUUUAGUUGGCUGAUCUAGAGAGUUACAGCACUGUGGCAACAUAUAUCACAUUUAGUCCACGAUGGCAACACAGCAAGUAGAUGGCGCUCAGCUGGCGCCAAGCAGUCAGCCACUAACCGUUGCGAUUGGGCUCAUUGGUCCAGGACUUAUUGGGAGUGCAUUCCUGCGGCAAUUAUUGAAACAGGCCCCCAGACUCCUUGCCCCUCUGCACGCCAGCAGCCUGACAGUAGUGGGGGUCGCCAACAGCCGCCGCAUGCUGCUGCGGAGCUCUGUCGCUGUUGCUUCUGCCGAGGGCUCCUGGGAACAGCAGCUGACCAAUGAGGGUGAGCCCAUGGACCUCUCACGCUUCAUCUCCGCCAUAGCUGCGGCCGCCUCGCCAGCCUCUUCCUCCUCCGGCUCCUUCCCUGCCCCUGCCCCGCGCCCCUGCGGUGUGCUGGUGGACUGCAGCGCCUCUGAGGAGGUGGCGGCCGCCUACCCGGCCGCAGUGAGGGCGGGGCUACAUGUCAUCACGCCCAACAAGAAGUUCGGAGCGGGCCCGCUAGCGCGCUACCAGGAGCUGAUGAGGCUGUCGGAGCGCUGCCAGCGCCGCUUCAUGUACGAGGCCACAGUGGGUGCUGGGCUGCCCGUCAUCUCCACCCUGCAGUCGCUCAUGCAGACAGGCGACCGCAUCAUCCGCGUCGAGGGCAUCCUAUCCGGGACCCUGUCGUACAUAUUCAACACCUACAAGCCCGGCAUGCGGUUCAGUGACGUGGUGGCGGACGCCAAGGCCAAGGGCUACACGGAGCCCGACCCACGGGAUGAUUUGUCAGGUCUGGAUGUGGCGCGCAAGGUGGUGAUCCUGGCUCGCGAAGUGGGGCUGGCCGUGGAGCUAGAGGGCCUGCAGGUGGAGAGCCUGGUGCCGCAGCCGCUGAGCGACCCGGGGGUCACUUCUAUCGAGGCGUUCAUGCAGGGGCUGCCCCAGCACGAUGAGGCGAUGUCGGCCCGGGCCGCCGAGGCGGACGCGGCAGGCGGAGUGGUGCGCUACGUGGGCUGUGUGGAUGUGGAGGCGGGCAGCGCGGGAGUGUCGCUGCGGAGCUACCCCUCCGGCCACCCCUUCGCGCAGCUGUCCGGCUCCGACAACCUGCUUGUCAUCACUUCGGAGCGCUACCUGGAGAGGCCGCUCUGUGUGCGGGGGCCUGGCGCGGGGGCGGAGGUUACUGCGGCCGGCGUGUUCGGGGACCUUAUACAGGUCAUUCGGUCUCACCCUCGACUGUGAAGUGGUAAUCAGCUAGGAGCUCUUCGCAAGUGUGCAGCGCCCGCUGUUGUCUUCGUGAUGGCUUUGCUGGUAGUGAUGGUUAAGUGGCGAUACGGCGCUUGUGGCUAGUAGGCAUGGCAGAGCGGACUGGUGCUUGAAGGGAAUGGGAACGAAGCUGAGCUCAUCGCCCAGCAGAGCAUGUGCAGAUGUCUGGGAGGCGGUCCUAUCGGUGUGCGCAUGCACCCACAGGUGGCCGAGCUAGCUACCUGCCACAUUAUUGCAGGUGUGCGUCCUGCAGCAGCCCAACGCCUAGUUCAUUCUCAGUAAGCCCGUAUGCCCGGACCAACUGCCGA